GGGCGAGGUGGAUCCGCCGGAGGGCGCCUGCAUCCUGCGAGUCAAGGUCGCUGGCUCGGAUGAGCUAAUGGUGAAGAUCACGGCACUCGUACGGCGGCUGGUGUGGCUGCGGGACGAGCGACCCGACGAGAAGAGCCUGGUGUUCAGCCAGUGGCCGGAGGCGCUGCAGAUCGUGGAGCGCGGGCUGCAGCUGAACGGCAUUCGCUGCGUGACCCUCGAGAGCGGGCGGCGGGGUCGCAGCGCCGUCAAGGCGUUCCUCAACGACGAUUCCUGCCGCGUCUUCCUGCUCAGCCUGAGACAGGGCGCCGCGGGC